AUGCAGCGUGCGAUGAACAGCGGAGCUCAGACCUUCUUGGUGCACCUGUACGAGGUGGCAGCUUCCGAGAAAAUCGCGGACAUCGACACCCUCUGCGCAGCAGUCCCCGAGGAAUUGGCGAGCAUCAUUCGGAAGUAUCCCGAAAUUUUCGGGGAUGACCUCCCGGAUGGCUUGCCCCCCCAACGACCUGAGGAUCAUCGGAUCCAGCUGGAGCCGGGAGCGCAACCUACUGUACGGUCACAGUGGCGGCUCAGCCAACCAGAGCUCGCCGAGUUGCGGGCACAGUUGGAUUAUCUGUUCGCCAAGGGCUUCAUCCGGCCAAGCACGUCGCCGUAUGCAGCGCCGAUACUGUUCACGCCGAAGAAGGACGGGGGCCUAAGAAUGUGUAUUGAUUAUCGGGCGCUGAAUCGGGUCACGAUAAAAUCGCGUUACCCGAUCCCGCGAACUGACGAUCUGCUGGAUCAACUUCGCGGAGCUCGGUAUUUUUCGAAGAUCGACUUGCGAGGAGGCUACCACCAAAUUCGCGUGUUCGCCGACGACUGCCUGAAGACCGCUUUUCGCACACGUUACAGCAGUUAUGAGUUCACAGUGAUGCCGUUCGGUCUGACAAACGCGCCCUCGACGUUCCAGCUCACCAUGAACGGGAUAUUUCGAGACAUGCUGGACAAGAAAGUCAUUGUGUAUCUGGACGACAUUAUGGUGUACAGCGCGACAAAGGAAGACCAUCUGCGGGAUUUAGAGGAGGUGUUCCGGCGUUUACAGGGGCAUCGGCUCAUUACGAAAGGGUCUAAGUGCGAGUUCUUAAAGCCGGAGUUAGAGUUUUUGGGGCACGUGGUUUCUGGCGAAGGGAUUAAAAUCGACCCGCGUCAAGUGGACGCCAUCGCUAAGUGGAAGCCGCCUACUAAUAUCCCUGAGUUGCAAAGUUUUUUGGGGUUUGUUAACUACGUUCGUCGUUUUGUACCUAAUAUGGCAGGGAUAACCAAGCCGCUAACCGACCUGCUGCACCACGACAGUGAUUUUCGGUGGGGGGAGAGGGAGCAGUCCGCCUUCGACGCCCUCAAAAACAUUUUGAAGUCACCCCCUGUCCUCCGCCUCGCCGACCCAUCUCGACCGUUCGAAGUCGUCACGGACGCCAGCGAUUUCGCCGUCGGCGCCGUCCUGCUACAGGACUUCGGCAAAGGGCUGCAACCCAUCGCCUACGAAUCACGCAAGAUGCACCCACCCGAGCGCAACUACCCAGUCCACGACAAGGAGAUGCUGGCCAUCGUCCAUGCAUUCCGCGUCUGGCGCUGCUACCUCACGGGAGCCGACGUGACUAUUCGAACCGACCACAAAUCGCUACAGUACAUGCGCACGCAACCGACACUCAACCCGCGACAAAUCCGGUGGCUGGACUUUCUUGAGUCCAACUUUCGGUACAACAUCACGUACAAAAAGGGCGCCAACAACAUCGCCGACGCCCUCACCCGACCAUCCAUGCAAAACGCGGCGGUGCUAAUCGCCCACACCAACCCGAUGCUGACGGGACUAUUCACCCACGGCUACAAGAUCGACAGGUUUUUUCGGAACCCGCAACAACAGGCUGCUACGCCGCACGGCAAGUACUACCUAAAAGCCGGUACUAACCGGAUUUGGGUACCAGCAUACCAGCCUUUACGGGAGCUGCUGACGCAGGAGGUUCACGACUCCAACCUUUCCGGGCACUUCGGCACCGACAAAACACUGAAGCUGCUGCAGCGGAAUUAUUACUGGCCGGACAUGUUAACCGAUGUGCAGCGCUACGUGUCAACCUGCCCGACCUGCCAAGCAAUGAAGUCGUCGCGACAAAGGCCAGCCGGACUGCUGCAACCCCUCGAGCCACCCGAACGACCAUGGCAACAGGUGACGAUGGAUUUCGUCACGGGGCUACCAGCUGGCGCGAGUGGCAACGACUCGGUAAUGGUCGUCGUCGAUCGCCUAACGAAAAUGGCGCAUUUCGCCCCAUGCCGCACGACGAUCACAGCCGAAGAUACAGCUAAACUGUUCAUCUCCACCGUCGUACGCUUACACGGGUUACCUUCGGCGAUCAUCAGCGAUCGAGAUCCGAAAUUUACGUCGAAGUUCUGGCAGGAGACGUGGGCACAGUACGGUACCCGCCUGCAGUUUUCGUCGUCAUACCACCCGCAAACCGACGGACAGACGGAACGGACAAAUCAGACCAUGGAGCAACUGAUUCGCACCAACUGCCCCGACAUCCGCAAGUGGGAGGAUUCGCUGCCGAUGCUGGAAUUUGCGUACAACAACGCCCCUUCGGCCACGACUCGACAGUCACCGUUCUUCCUAAAUUACGGGAUAGACCCCGUGGUACCCUCUUCAACGACUGUGGACAACCCGGUACCACGAUCACAACAAUUUGUCACGGAGCUGCAGACCGCCCGCACGAAAGCAGCUGAUUUUAUUCGACGGGCUAAUACCACAGCCAGCCACCUGGCGGACAAGCAUCGACGGAACUUACCCUUCCGCGCAGGGCAGGUUGUGCUACUCGACACCAAAAAUCUCCUGCUGCCGCAGCCCGCGAAAUUACGGCCCCGAUACGUGGGACCCUUUCGUAUCAUCCAGAUGGUGACACCUGUCACCGCGAAGCUGCUGCUACCCGAUGACUGGAAAAUCCAUGACGCAUUCCACGUCAGCCUACUGCGUCAUUACGAACAGCCGCAGUCGCCAGCUGUUGCUCGGCCAUCCCUCGCGCCGACCACACGCCCCGUGGCAGAGCCCACGCUGGAACCUUGGAAGAUUCUCAACCAUCGUGUGGAGGUGACCGCCGCCGGCCGCUCGGUCAAGUUCCUGCUUCGCUGGAAAGAACGCACGAGCGAGGACGACACGUACGUCAACGCGGACUCGCUACUGGGACAUCCGGUUGUGGAUGCUUACCUGGCCCGCCGAGGUGUCUCGGAUAUUCACCACCUUUCUUAA